GCAGACAAGUUGACGAGCUACAAGUUUGAGGUCUCCAUGUUCACCAAGAGCAUCAAGACUGCGGAGCGCUACUCCGGACUGGAGAGCUGCCCGGACAUCGACACGGUCGACGAGAUCGACAAGGAUGGAGUUUUGAUUGGUUGGAACAAAGUGUUUCAGUACGUAUUGGAGAAGCUGGACUUCACCAGCCUGAAUGAUACGGGCCUCCUCGCGGAGGAGUUCUUCCUGAAGGUCAGCCGGAACUCGGGCGAGACCUUCCAGGACUGGGCCGCCAGAUUCGAGAAGAAGGAGCGGGAGCUGUUGGUGCAGCUCCAAGUCAUUGAUUCCAGCGUGACGGAAGUGAUUGCGAAGCCUCUUCGGACAUGGUGGUUCCUUCGGAAGUCCAAGCUAUCCCCUGUUCAACGUGGAGAGAUCACCGCCACUGCAGGUGGCGACCUCAACUUUGGCAAGACAUACAAGGCCUUGCUCACGCGCUUCCCGGCGGAGGCGCUGGCGGAGCUCGACGGCAAGCAGCACCGUAAGGCCUUCUAUGAGGACACGCCCGUCGACGACGUUGAGGACGAGACUGGUGGGGAAGAUAUUGAUUUCACAGAGGUUGUCGAGCAGCUGAUCACCCUCGCUGAAGAAGAUGAAGAUGAGGAGCCAGCUGGCGACAACCCAGCGGACAACGAGGUGUUCGCAGAGUUCAAGCAGGUGGGCAGGAGCUUCAAGGACGCUCGCGACCUGAUCCGACGCCUUCGAGUGUCCCGCGACUACUACCCGGUCGUGUCGCUCAAGGACCCCGAUCGCGUGCCCCCGCCUCCGAACCCGGGACGAGGCUUCCAGCGUGGCCGUGGCAAGAACGGUCGAGGCCGCGCUCGCUUCGACACGGGCAAGGGACGUGACAUGUCCAAGAUGAAGUGCAUCGCGUGCGGCGAAUAUGGUCAUCGAGCGGCGGACUGCAACGAGAGGUUCAAGAAAGAUAAUACGAGAGAUGGAGCUCGUGGGACUACUCACAACGGCUUCGUCCUGUCCGCCCUCGACGAGUACCUCUACCUCCUGGAGCGCGACGGCAUCUGGGCGAUCCUCGACAUCGGGGCCACGAAGAGCCUCGGCGGCCUCGAGAGCGUCGAGAACCUCAUGUACGAGAUGCUGGACCAGCACGGCCAGGAGUUCGAGACGACACAUGACGAGUGCUCAUUCACCUUCGGCGACGGCCUCCAGAAGAGCUCGAUGGGCACGGUGAAGGGGAACGUGUUCCUCGGCGGCGACCUGACCGAGGUCAAGCUGUCGGUGAUGCCGAACCGCGUGCCGAUCCUCCUGGGCAUGGACAUUCUGACUGACUCGCUGAAGGUUGUGGUCGACUGCGGCCGGAACUGGAUCGGCCUUCCGACCAUGGGCAACAAGGUGUUCUUCUGCGAGCGCCUCUCGAGCAACCAUCUGGCCGACAACCUGACGACGCCGCAGUGGUGGAAGGAGGUGCCGCUUUCCUUGCCGAGUGCCGGGUGCCUGACGUCCCAAGCGACGGCGCCUGAUGUUCUGGUCGAGGAGCUGCCCGACGAGGCCGCUCCCGACGGAAACCUCGGCGGCGCGGACACCUACCAGAGCGACGGAAACUGCGACACGGAGCGGAUCGGCUCGAGCGACGGAAACCUCGAUUUCGUUCGGACGGGGAUCGGCAACUUCGGCUCCAGCGACCCCGGCGCCAGCAUCAGCAGCAACACCAGCUAUUCCGGCAAGAGCCACACGUCUACGAAGGCGACGGAGGUGACCAUCCGGGAGCAGGCAGUGGCUCUACGCUGGCGGCGCCUGUCCAACAAGCUGAACUCCCCGGAGGUGCAGGGGGGCUGGAAGUUCACUCCGGAGAUGCUCGACGACUCGGAACUGCCGGAGAUGGACUCGAAGAGCCACGACAAGGUCCUGGACGAGAUCUACCAGACCAUCGCCGAGGACCUGACGGAGCUCGGCAGGCCCUACCGCAUCGACCUGAUGGAGGUGUGCUGUCCGGAGGACUCGAGCCUCAGCAAGGCCGUGCAGGACCAGGGAGGCAAAGUGUUCAGGUGCGGCCUCUUCAAUGGGAUCGACAUGGGAACGGCAACCGGGCUUCGACGCGCGCUUCACCUUCUCCGACGACUCCGACCGCGCCGCUUGGUUCUCAGCCCGCCAUGUACAGCAGACUGCCCGAUCCAGAAUCUCAACCAGAAGACAGCUCAGCAGAAGGCCACGUAUCUGGCGAAGGUGCGCAAGGCCCGACGGAUCCAGCGGAACUGCAAGAGCCUCUGGGAAGACUCGAAGAAGAUUCACGACUGCCACACCGAGCUCGAACAGCCAGCUGCCAGCCGAAGCUGGACCAGGUCGCCCUCGAUCAAGGCGAUGCGCGACCAGAUGCACGAGACGAUCAUCCAUGGCUGUGCGUAUGGACUUCGCGAAGCUCGUUCCGGCCUGCUGAUGAGGAAGGCAUGGCGCAUAUGCUCGACAGACCCGGAGUUCGGCGCUAAGCUCGGCAGGACGUGCUCCAACCGCCCUGGCAGGGGCGACAACCACACACACCGCCCCAUCGAGGACGGACAGGUGGUGGCCCAGACGGCCUUUUACCCACCAGCACUGUGUAAGGCCUGGGCAAAGCAUAUCCUGAAGACGAACACCAGCGCGAGGUACGGCAAGGAGAUCUUCACCAGCUUGGAACAGAUCCCAGAGGACGCUGAAGAGGAGAUGGAGGAGGCCCUCGACGAGGACCUCUUGCAGGAUAACCCCGAGGCCAUGGACGACGAGUCGGUCAUGAAGGGCCUGGGCAUCUCCGAGACACCGACCAAGAAGGAGGAGCUGGAGAUAGAGCAACGGCUGACGCGGCUCCACCGCAACCUCGGCCACCCGAGCAACAAGACGCUGUACAAGAUCCUCAAGGCAUCGGGAGCACCUCUCCAGGUCCUACGAGCAGCUCUUCGCCUCCAGUGUCAUGCAUGCCAUGCGGGGCAACUACCAAAAGCCGUCAGGGUCGCCUCGGGCAUCGAGUUGCCAGGCGUCCUAGAGGUGCUGGCCUCCGACGGGCUCGAGUGGCUCUCGCCGAAGCAGGGCUCCUUCCUGAUGACGUUGAACCUCGACGAGGGAUCCGGGCUCACCAGUGUCACCUAUCAUGGACAGAAGGGAGAGCGCAAUGGCAACAGAUCGACUCAGGAGGUGAUUUCAACAUGGAAUGACUGGUGCGGACAUUACCGCCGCCCCAGCCUUCUCCGUCUGGACCCCGAAGGUUGUCAUCGUUCACAAGCAGUGGCCAGGUGGUGUUCGGACCGCGGCAUCGAGCUGUGGAUUGCCCCGGGCGGGGCCCACUGGCUGAUGGGCAAGGUCGAGGGGCGCAUCCAGCUUUUCAAGCGACUGAUGACGAAGCUGGCAACGCUGGACCCCGACUGCCCGGUCGAGGAGUUGGUGUCCUGGGCCGUGAGCGCGAUCAACAGCAUGGACAAGGUCGGCAACCACUCCCCGUUCGAGCACGUGAUGGGCGUCUCUGGGAUGCCGGCCUCGAGCAACCCGUUCGCCAUCAUUGACGGGGACACCGGGCAGACUCAGGAGCAGAGGCGCCUCCUCGCGCGCAAAAGCUUCCUGGAAGUAGAGUAUGCUGAGCGUCGUCGACACGCCGAACAGGCCCGCAACCGGGUCUAUCAGACCUGGAAUCCGGGGGACCUCGUCUACUUCUGGCGCAAAGGGAAAGGCCUUGACCCUCGCCCUGGGAAGAAGGGCGGAUGGUACGGCCCUGCUCGUGUCCUUGCUCAGGAAAAACGACACGUGGACGGGCGCGCCCGUCCUGCCUCGGUCAUCUGGAUCUCCCACGGGAGCGUGCUCAUCAGGUGCGCCCCGGAGCAGCUGCGCGUCGCCUCGGAGGCAGAGAAGAUGAUCGUCGAAUUUGCAGCGGCAGAGCAACCUUGGCAAGACCAUGACGGAGAUCUUGGCGAGUCGAGACCUCGAUGGCGCAUGACACACCGCGGACCAGAGCUCGAUCUGCACGCACCGCCGGAGAAGCGACAGAAAGGCGCAGACGAGGAGAUGGCCGACGCGCUGUUCGACAGCAACCACCUGGUCGACCUCUUCAAGGACAAGCUGGACAUCACCCUCGGCAUCGACGAACAGCAGACCGUCUACUUCGAGUACUUGCAGGACGAGAAUACCACUCCAGACGGACGCCGAGGUUUGAUGAGCCACAUCCUGGACAGCUUCGUCGUCAACCAGCGCCGGAAGGACAAGGUGGAGCUGACCUGGUCCAAGAUGAACGCCACCGAGCGUGAGGAGUUCGAGGUAGCCAUCGCCAAGGAGACGAACAACUGGGUCCAGCAUCAGGGACUUCGCGCUGUCCCGAUAUCUCGGGUCAAGGACGCGGCGGACGUCAUCCGGGCAAGGUGGCUCUUCACCCGCAAGUCCGAUGGGAAGGCGAAGGCCCGGCUCGUCCUCCUCGGCUACCAGACGAAGGACCUAGGACAGGAGCCGACAGCCAGCCCCACCGCGUCUCGGCGCGCCCGUCACGUGAUGCUAACAGUGGCCGCCGCGAACCGCUGGAAGCUCAUCAAGGGCGACGUCACCUCCGCCUUUCUGCAGGCCCACGACCUCGACAAGGACCUCUUCAUCGAGCCAGACGCCGUCCUCAGAAAGGCCUUCCACGUGCAGGAAGGGGAAAUCCUCCAGGUCGUGAAACCUGGAUAUGGGAUCGGCGAGGCGCCCCGGCACUGGUGGGAGACGGUCAAGCACGACUUUGCGAAACUUCGACUCCAAGCCUGCGAGUUGGAGCCCUGCCUCUGGAAAGCACGAUGUUCCAGGACGGGUAUGCUCAUCGGUAUGAUCAUGGCCCACGUCGACGACUUCAUCAUGGCAGGAGAUACCUCCCACCCUGAGUGGCAGGACAUGGUCAAGCAGAUCCGAGGGCUCUACAAGUGGGGCACCUGGGAGGACAUGAAUGACGGGCUCACCUCUCUCGAACAGUGCGGCGUCACCAUCGAGGAGAGCGAGCAGGGCUUCUUCCUCCACCAGAAGUCGUACAUCGACAAGAUCAAGGAGGUCAAGGCGGCCAGCGGCAGUAAGCAUCGGACCACCGACAGCCUCAAGGACUCUGACAAGACGGUGCUCAGGGCGUUCUGCGGCGAGAUCUACUGGCUUGGCGUGAAUACCAUGCCAUUUCUCUUAUCGUGGGUAGCCGACCUCCAGAUGAAGAUACCAGCAGGUACUCACAACCUCUUCACGGCCGCUAACAACAUCGUCAAGCUCGUCAAGCAGAGCCGCCACAUGGGGAUCAGGAUCUACCGGCACGCCCUGGACGACCUCGCCAUCUUCACCUGGUGCGACGCAGCCUGGGCCAGCCGCCCGGAUGGACACUCCCAGGGUGGUCAUAUCACCGCUAUCUCCUCCAAGGCGGCCAUGGACGGGAAGCUCUCCGAGUUCACGGUCCUCGACUGGGGCUCCAAGAAGCUGCGCCGCGUGGCUCGGUCAAGCCUGGCGGCGGAGGUGCAGGAAGCCGGCGACGCCGAAGGCGAACAGAGCAUG